CAAACAAGUUCCCAUUCCUUGAAAUUGCUUUCCUUUCUUUCUUUUCAUUCUCUCAGUUCAAUGCCAAUGUUAAGAAAAGAGUGAGUAUUAAACAAGAUAUAAUUGGAUUUGUUUAUAUAAUUUAUAAAUAUACAUACUCCAUAAAUGUAUGUUUUAAAAUACUCAUAUAUUAUAAUUAAUUAAUUAAUUAAUAGUAGUACAAGAAAAUGCAAGUAGAAUACAACAAAUAACACCAACUAGAAAAACUCUCUCUCGAGCCCCUUGCUACCAUUCACCAUUACCCUGCUUUGAUUCAUCCUGUCCUUUUUUCUCUGUCACUCUUCUUCCCCUCUUCCUCUCUCUCCCUUUCUUUCUCUCUCAUUUCUAUCUUCUCCUUCUCCUGUAUUUCUGUAUAAUCAAAAAGUGGAGGAGAAAGAAAAAGAUAUAAACAAACUAACUUGAAGUUUCUAAUUCCUCUGUUUGCCAAAAUUUCCAUUUUUUUUGUGUAAUGCUUUAGUCUUUAUAAAGCAAAAACAUAGAUUUUGUUAAAACCCCAUUUCCCCCAUUUGAUUAGACUUAAAAAUGGAGUUUUGGGGAACUUUUUACAGAAUAAGUUUGCUUCUCUUAAAUCCCAGUUGAGUAAAAGACAAAAAGAAGAAAAAUACCUUCAAUUUUUGAGAAUCAUAGAAGAUCCUAAAGCUUUCUUCUUCUUUUUUUUCAUGGUAAAGAAGAAGAAAAAGUGUAGUAAAAUAUGCUGCACAUUCCUCAAAAAUCCUACCUUUCUCUGACUUUCUCCCUUUCUUGAUGUUCUUCCUCUUUUAAAAGCAAAACCCAUAGAUUUUUUCAUCUUUUUUUUCGAAGAACCAAUCUUUAUUACUAGUUACCCAUUUUGUUUCAACAAAAAUGGGAUGUGUAGCAUCAAGAUUAGGAGAAGAAGCAGAAGAAGUGGUAGCAAUUUGUAGAGAAAGAAAAAAGUUAAUGAAAUUAGCAGUAGAAAAAAGAUAUGUUCUUGCAGAUGCUCAUUGUAGGUAUUGUCAUUCUUUAUUUGCAGUUUCAGCUGCCGUUAAACUCUUUGUUGCUAGACAUUCAACACCUUCAUCACCAUUUUUAAUCACUUUCGCACCUCCAAAUUGUUCUCCUUCAUGUCAAAAUCCAACCCCAGAACCAGAAAAACUUAUCACUAAUCCAAUGUUUCUUCAACAUAACCCAUCUCAACCUACAACUACUACCCAAGAAGUUCAUCCUUGUUGUGAAUCUACUGUUUAUUCCUCAUCUUCUGAUACCCAUUCAGAGGAAAAUGAAGGUGAACAAGAGAUUGAAAGAAAAAAGAAUGUUGUUGAUGCACAACAAAAUCAUCAACAACCUUAUGGGUAUUACUAUAUGAGUAUGCCAAUGUCAAUGCCAUCCCCUCAAAGGGAUUUUGGUGGGUGGGAUUUUUUCAACCCAUUUUAUGGAGUUCGGCCCGAGCCCAUUUGUCCUAGCUUUGGUGGGUUUGGGCCUGGGUUUCAGCCUAACAUGGAUGAUGAGGAUGAUUUGAAGGCAGUAAGGGAGGAAGAAGGAAUACCUGAAUUGGAAGAGGAAGGAAUGGUGGUAGAGGAUAAGAAAGAAGUUCAAAAGAAUGUGAGUACUGUUGUGGAAGAUAAUGGUGGGGCCAACAAUAAUGUGGAAAAUGGAGGAGAAGAUGUUGUUAAGGUAUUGGAUGAGGGUAAUUCGAGAGAAGAUGAAAAGGGGUUGACUGUAAUUGAUUCACCAGUCAAAGGGAGAGAGUUGUUAGAUGCAUUGAAGGAUAUUGAAGAUCAUUUUAUUAGGGCUUAUGAUUCUGGUAAAGAAGUUUCUAGAAUGCUUGAAGCUAACAAAAUGCAUAUGCAAUCUGGUGUUGAAGAAAUUAAAGAAAAUUCAACAAAACUCAUUCAAGCUAUUACAUGGCACCGAUCCAAUACAUCGCGGUCUUCGUCUUGUAAAAGUUUAGUGGCUUCUAGCUCCAAGAACUCGACCUCAUGGACGGAGUAUAAGAAUGAUCUCUUUGACAAUUACGAUGGCAUGUCAGCCGGAAGCCAUUCGCUGACCCUAGGAAGGCUUUAUGCUUGGGAAAAGAAACUCUAUGAAGAGGUUAAGGCUGGUGACAACAUCAGAAAGUUGUAUGAAAGAAAGUGUGCACAUUUGAGAAAUAAGAAUGUUAAAGGAGAUGAUACAUUAUCUGUUGACAAGACCAGAGCCUCAGUGAAAGAUCUCUACUCCAGAAUUUUGGUUGCCAUCCGGCAGGCUGAAUCAAUCUCUGAGCAAAUUCAGAAACUUGCUGAUGAAGAACUACAACCUCAAAUUAUUGAACUGCUGCAAGGUUUGACUCGAUCCUGGAAAAUAAUGAAGGAAUCCCAUGAAACCCAGAACCACAUAAUAUUCGAAGUUAAAACUUUCGAUUGUCCAACAUAUGGAAAGUUCUGCAAUGACUCGCACCGGCUUGCUACGCUGCAACUAGAGGCUGAGAUUCAAAACUGGCGAGAUUGCUUCAUAGAGUAUGUUGCUGCACAAAAAUCUUAUGUUGGUGUUCUUCAUGGAUGGUUAUCCAAGUUCAUCGUCCCGGAAGUAGAAUUCGGGUUUAAAUCUAAGAGUUUUAACCCACCUCCAUACCGAGCCAAAGGACCUCCGUUGUACACAAUAUGCAGCGAUUGGUUAACUUCCAUGGAAAACUUGCCUGAUAAGGUGGUUGUUGUGGCAAUGAAAAGUUUUGUGAGGGAUGUUAGGGCUUUAUGGAUUCAGCAAGGCGAGGAGCAAGAGCAAAAGAGGAAAGUUGACAAAAUGUCGAAAGAACUAGAGAAGAAGAUGGUAGCAUACCAGAAAGUAGAGGGAAAAUUUCAGGAGACUACUAAGCUUUUAGAGUAUAAACAACCUUCAGAAACGGACGCACAAAGUCAGGACGAUAACCAACAACACCAAGCCGAUUACUUAUCCGAAAAGAAAGAUGCUUUAGACAAUUUCAAGCAGAGAUUGGAGUUUGAGAAGGAGAAACAUCAACGUUGCAUGGAAGGAACUCAAAGAACAACGUUGAAUGGAUUUCAAACGGGAUUUUCUUCGAUUUUUGAUGCUAUGGUGCAGUUUUCUUCGGUGUCACUGAAAAUGUACAAUGACUUGGUAAGUGACAGACAAAAUUUAGAGAAGGGUGUAACACAAACAAGCAUAUAAGAAGGUUCCAUGUCAAUGAACACCUAAAGUAAAAAUGAGCUAAGGUGCUAAUUGGGUUGAAAGGGCCUUGAGUAUUUUAACAAUCAAGGAUUCUUGAGUCAGGUUUGUACAUUAGAUCUGCGCUGAAGCAGCUCGCUGAGACGCAGGUUUAGAGUGAUUUUUAGUUAUUUAUGGUAGAAUAGUUUUAUUUUAGAUUAUAAGCUUGAUGAUUGCCCUCAAUUUUGUUGUAAGACCAAAGAAUUCCUGAUGCUUCUCAUCUCUCUUUGGCUAGGAAGUCUUAGGUUGUGUGCCAGUAAUGGUCCGGUGGGCAAUUCUUUGGAUGUUAUAUGUAUUAAAUCUUGGCGUUUUAGUUCAAAUUGUCACCAUGAGCAACUCAAACAAUGCAUCCAUUAGUUUACUCUAGUGACUAGAUUUCUAUCAACAUGUUUAUAACCAGGAGCAUGAAAUCCAUGUCAUGCACACGACAUCACCGGAACAAUCGUAUAUCUUUCUAGUGUCGAGGAUGGGUUGGAGAGUACCAUGGGCAAUUUUGUCCAUGGAUAUCGACUAGGCUAUGAGGGUGUUUGACAAACGGUUGGUAACUGGUAGUUAAUAGCUGAUUCUGGUGACUGAUUUGGUUAGCUAAUUUUAUUUAUUGGUUUAAACAACUGAUUUUGAACUCGUUGCUAUGAGCAACUUA